GCGUCACUUCCGGCAGCCUCCAGCGGGGUCAUGGCUGUCCUCCUACAAACUGUGGCACGGUGGCCAGGGCCAGCUGCGUGGGCAAGGCCUCUCUGCGGACUGUGGUGCUGCAAUGCACCGAAUCCUAGGAGGUUGCUGGGGAGCGGGUCAUCCACCUCAAAGGAGAAACCGCCAGGCCCUGAGGCAGAGAAGUUCCAGAUGGUCUACCGGUUCGAUGCCAUCAGAGCCUUUGGGGUCUUGUCCCAGCUGAAGGUGGCACAGACGGCCCUGACAGUGGUAGCCCUGCCUCCUGGCUGGUACUGGUACUCCCAGGGCCUCAUGACACUCGACAACCUGUGCCUUGCAGGUGGAGUAGCAGGCUUUGCCCUGACCAUGCUGUGCUGGAUGAGCUAUUUCUUCCGGAGGCUGGUGGGAUUCCUGUACGUCAAUGAGGCAGGCACAGUGCUGCGUGUAGCCCACCUGACCUUCUGGGGCUGGCGGCAGGACACCUACUGCCCUGUGGCCGAUGUGAUCCCCUUCACGGAAACCAAGGACCGGCCCCAGGAGCUGUUCAUGCGUAUCCAGCAGUACAGUGGGAAGCAGACCUUCUACCUCACCCUUCGCUACGGACGCAUCCUGGACAGAGAGCGUUUCACUGAGGUGUUUGGGAUGCUGGACACUCGCAAGGGACCAGCUGGGCGCCAGGCCUCCCGGUAGCCCUGGGGCUCCUGGCUCUCCGACAGGAAGAUGGAGGGCUUGGGGGAGGCUGAAGAUUGGGGUCGGCACACUUGGCCAGGGCCCCUGGGAACAUGUCUUUUGGGAUGAGGAGAUUCAUGAGGCAGAUACUAACAGCUUUGAGAAGAGAUCCUUCGUGCAAAUUCUCUGCACUGUGUAUGACAUUUGGUCAGGUGGUGACCGGAAGAUUGCAUUCAGGGCUAGCUCUUGGAGGAAGCUGUGUCAGGCUCAAUAGUACAGUGUUGCAAGGCCGGGAGAUGGGAUGGCAGGGGGAGCACACAGUGGGGAGUCAGAGACGGUUCGGAUCCUUCUCACCUCCCUGGCUGGGCAGACUAGUGAGUCUCUCGCAACCUGGGUCUUCACAUCUGGGAAACAGGAAAUCCUGCCUCCAGGUGAACGCCUCCAGGCCGGCAGUGGGGCGCUCCUGAGCCCCUGGCGGUGUUCCCCCCCCCCCCACCUGAGUGGAACCUACAAAGGAGGGACUAGGGUCACCUGGCCAGGGAGGGGGCGGUGCCACAAGUGUUACUAGUACUAUAUAUUUGUUAUGCAGUGUGUAAUGGAGUGAAGAGGAAGGCAGAUGUGAUCUUUAUGAUUCUGCGACUCAGAAGCCAAUAACUGAAGGUCAUGUUGCUUUUCCAAUCUUUAAUUGUAGUAAAACAUGCAUAAAGUUAACUUAUCCUUUAGUGUACAGUUCAGCAAUGUUAAGUAAAGUAUAGUCACUUAUACUUGAAUAUCCAGAAUUUUUCAUCACCCCAAACAAACUCUGUAGCCACGAAGCAGUGGCUCCCCCCGCUUUGCUGAGGGUUGGUUCCUGAACCUGAUCUGCUCACUGUGGGAAGCCUUUGCGGAUCAGAGGGAGGACAGAACAGUGAAGAUGUGGAGAGUGUAAGAACAAGAGGAAACGGCUUCUGUGUAUACAUAUUUAAAGAUGCAAAUGAAAUAACAGGCUUAUGGAUUUGUUUCCUUUGUGUAGUUCCCACUGCCUGUUAGUUCCUGCCACGGGAGAGGGUGGUCUGGGGAGUGUGGGGUGUUUGGGGACGGGCACCUGUGGCCAGUCUGGGCAUGGCUGUGGUUUUCCUAGGUCGAGGGAUGGCGCGGGCUCUCCUAGCGUGCAGUGGACCUUAGGGUGUGGCCCAGGCCUGGCUGUGGGCCCAGGGCGUCCUGGAGGUCAGUCCCACUGCUUCCUCCAGGUUAAGUGGUGGUCCACCGACUUAAGGUUUUAGGGUGAAUUUACUUUAAAAAAAACCUGACCUGCCCGACCACUCCUCACCCGCUCCACCUCCCCGUUCCCAUCCAAGCCACACUCUGCUGCUUCCACCCUCCCCCACUGCGGUCUCCUCGCCGCAGCCAGUGAGCUGCUAAAACCCAGAAUCCUGUUGUAGCGGCGAAAGGGCACAGGGCAGGUUUUCUAUGACCCGAGCAGACGGGGUAAGGGAGGAGAGCGUCCUGAAGCCCUUGGUGGCUUUUCAGGCUUUUAUUGGGAUUUACCAGGCACACGGCAGGCAGGGGUGCUGGGGGGGGACAGGAGGCUGGCAGGCAAGUCUUCACUCUGGGCUCUCCGGCGUCCUGUGGUGGUCGCUGCUGCUCUGCUCUUUCCGUUCGUUCUGCUGGCUUCCCCGUGACGUCGCCCUUAUAAGCCCAGUCUCAGCCCAGGUGCACCCACUUACGCAUGCCCACACCCCACUCCAGGUGCCCGCCAUCAGGCACGCAUUCAGGACUGCAGGGUUUCAUCAUCCAUCCUAAUGGCGGGACGGCAGGAAAGCCUGAUACUUUUUUUUUACCCUACACCUGUCUCUGCUGUAACAGCCCAAGUCCCUGCAUCUCUGCCCCAGCUUUCUUCUCUAGCCCGUAACUCUGCUCACUCAGCUGUGCUCCUCUUGCUGUCGCUCCAGUCAGGGGACGCUUCAGCCCCAGGGCCUUUGCACUGGCAGGUCGCCCGGCCUGGACGCUCUUCUCCCUAGACACCUGCAUUGCAGUCCACUCGUUUCUUCCUCUGCCUAACGGGCGUUGUUAUUUAAGCUGGAGAAGAUGAAGUUUUAAUUGCUUGAGUCAAUCAUACAGCAGUUACAUACAGCUGUUGGCCCCUCGCCUGCUUAUCCCUUCCUUCAGUGACUGCGACGUCCCCAAAGAGACGGUCUGUGCCUAUGAGGUAUCUCAAAAGGUAUUAAUCAUUUGACCUUGACCUCAUUGCAACCCCAAAUUAACUCAAAUAGCUGCUGGUGUUGGGCUAGUGGAAAGCAAUUACCUGAGCAAAUCUGGUCUCUGGGAUUCUGAUGUAGUUGGCCUGGGGUGGGUCCCCAAAUCGGUCUUUUUGGUAAAUUUGAAGCUAAUUCUGAAAGGCUGGCAGCCUGGGAGAGUUCCGGGGCUAAUUUUUUGCCUAAAGAAUAUGUUCUCCAGGCUGGCUGUGAAUGUGUGGAGUCACUAGAGGUCCAUUGACCAGACAUUGCUAGCGUAGCCUGGUCUGAUAAUCACAAACCAGGGCCUGGGAGGUGAGAGCUGGGAUUCUUGCCAGCCUUGGCCUCCACUUCCACGGUGGUCAGCCCACGCGGUACCAGCAGGGGGCACACAGACCAAGCGCAUCACUUCCCUCCCUGCAGUCCCGGGACCAAGCCAGCUCUCCAAGUGACAGUGGGAGCCGGGCUAGGGCUUCUACAAACUCAGUAGUGCAGGCCUUAGAAGCUGUCCCCGCCCCCCAAGUCCACAUCCACAGCGAUGACAAAUUCACCUGCGCUCAACCCCUGUAGUUUCUGGGAGA